CAGGCACCGCAGGCUUCGGGGCUCACUGGCUUGGGUCCCCAAGCUCCUUGGAGACUAUCUUAGUCCCCUCCCAGCAUCCAGGUGACAGAGCGGAGGCCCUGAGCAGCGUCCUGGCUAGGGUCCCAUGUGAGCCCCAAACAGGAACUGACCGAGGCCCCCACACCACACCUCUCGAUGCCCGUCCACCAGGACCCAAGCCACCUGCUGCCGCCCAGCGCAACCAUGACCAUCACCUACACCAACCAGGUGGCCAACGUCCGCCUGGGCUCCUUCUGCCGCCUGCUGCUCUGCUGGCAAGGCAGCAUCUACAAGCUGCUGUACGGAGAGUUCCUCAUCUUCCAGCUGUGCUACUACGUCAUCCGCUACAUCUACAGGCGGGCGCUCAGCGAGCGGCACCAGGAGGUGUUUGAGAAGCUGAGCAUGUACUGCGACAGCUACAUCCAGCUCAUCCCCGUGUCCUUCGUGCUGGGUGAGCGCCCCUCCUGCCCUGCCCGGGUCGCGGUGGGGGUCGGGCCGCGGGGGAUGGGGGGGCGCUCCCGGGCCGCCCGCGCCCGCUCCCCAGGGUUCUACGUGACGCUAGUCCUGACGCGCUGGUGGAACCAGUACGAAAACCUGCCGUGGCCCGACCGCCUCAUGAACCAGGUGUCGGCCUUCGUGGAGGGCCGCGACGAGCUCGGCCGGCUGCUGCGGCGCACGUUCAUGCGCUACUCCAUCCUGGAUUACGUCAUCAUCCUGCGCAGCGUCAGCGCCGCCAUCUACAAGCGCUUCCCUAGCCUGCAGCACCUGCUGCAAGCAGGCUUCAUGAGCCCCGCGGAGUACAAGAGGCUGGAGCAGCUGAGCCUCCCCCACAACAUGUUCUGGGUCCCCUGGGUGUGGUUCGCCAACCUGGCCAUGCAGGCCUGGCACAGAGGCCGGAUUCGCGACUCGGUGCUGCUGCAGAGCCUGCUGAAUGAGAUGAACAUCCUGAGCACCCAGUGUGGACUCCUGUAUGGCUCCGACUGGAUCAAUAUCCCGCUGGUGUACACACAGGUGGUGACCAUGGCAGUGUACAGCUUCUUCCUGGCCUGCCUUUUGGGCCGGCAGUUUCUGAUCCCGGCCAAGGCCUACCCAGGCCACGAGAUGGACCUGGUUGUGCCCAUCUUCACGUUCCUGCAGUUCUUCUUCUACAUGGGCUGGCUGAAGGUGGCAGAGCAGCUCAUCAACCCCUUUGGAGAGGAUGACGAUGACUUCGAGAUCAACUGGAUCCUGGACAGGAACUUGCAGGUGUCCCUGCUGUCGGUGGACGAGAUGCACCAGGACCUGCCCCCCCUGGAGUGGGACAUGUACUGGAACGAGAUGGAGCCUCAGCCCCCUAUGGCCGCAGCCAAGCAGUCCCACUGCUGCACCUCCUUCCUGGGCUCCACCUUCAACACCAGCCUGCAACAGGAAGACAUGGAGUUUCAGCCAAUCGAGGAGGAGGAUGAGACCCACCAGGAAGUCAUAGGCCGCUUCCUCGGGCAGCAGCUCCACCAGCACCACCCUUCCAGGAAGUUGCUGCCCUCCAGGAAGAAACCCUUCUGCCACCACAGCCGGUCCAGGGGUGCCCAGCAGCACCCCGGGGCCCAGGAUGGCAAGCUCCAGCCUCCUCCAGAUGCCUUCAAGGUGGCCGCCCUGUACGAGAGCAUUGGGUACUACAGCCCCCCCCCCCCCGCAAGCCCCUCAGCCACUCCGCCAGUCUUCUCCGAACUGUUCGAACCCCCCAGCUGCCGAGACACAGCGGGCAGAGUUGCCAGAGACCAGAGCCUAAAGCCUUCGGUGGCGUCUGGGGCCAACAUUUCCGAGUGGCUCCCCGCACGCGACCAGGCCUCAGAGGAGCACCCAGAGGUCUGUCCUGCCAAGAAAAGCAUGGAGUUCAACCUGAUGCCUGUGCCCAAGCCCCCCCAAGAUCGCCUCCCAGAGCCACAUUUAGAACAGUCGCCGAGUGGCCCACACCCUGCGCCCGGAGAGCACGUGGACCCCUACUGGGCCUUGGAAAACAGGUCUGUCUCCGGCCUGGGUCUCUUUAGGGCCCUGUGCGACACUCUCCCCCGCCUGGCUCCACUGCACUGAGGCUGCCCUCCCUUCCACACCUGCCUGUGGUGCCACUGCUGCCAGAGUAGAGAGCCCUCAUGGCUAGGGGCACACACUGGUCCUCUCAGCAGGAUCCUGGGAGGUGUUCAAGGGCAUUGCCAGGACCUGCCAACCAAGGCCCAGUGGAGAGAUGCAGGGACAGUGAGUGCCUGAGGCCCCAGGCUGGCGCACGAGACCACAGGCAGCACUGGGUUGCAGGCUGUACCAAGGGUACUCACUGCCCAGUAAGCUGGGAGCUGGCAGAGCACCUGCCCAUGCCCUCAGUGCCACCCAAGCACCCAGGAAAGCUGGCAGCACUGCUGCCUCGAAGUGGAACUCCAGGCAGUGGGGGGGAAGCUGGUGUGUCUUGUUUGGACCUCACUGAAAUCACCCACACUUCAUGCUCUUGGGCACAAACCAGGAACAUUUCCCCUUGGUCUAGAUUUCCUGCAAUCUUGCCCAGUUCACAACCCCCUUCCCCUCCCAGUCUCAACACGGGGGAAAUGCAACUUCUCCUUUCUGCAUUGAAAGCAGUUUCAUGUUUGAGAUCUCAGGGAGCAACAUCUCAGUCUUGCUUCUAGGGCAGUGAUGACGAACCUUUUAAAGCUCUCAGUGAUACAAACGGCCUGCUGUGGCACGCGUGCCCUGGGUUCACCACCGGUGUUCUAGUGGGAGGCAGGGACUUUCCCAAAUUGCAUGCAGUUACUGUGAACUUUGACCACCCCCUGCACAGACCCUUUCUCAAACUGCAACCUCUCACCCUGCAGGGAUGGCGCCCCCUCCUAGCCCUUCUCGGGGAAUCACCAGCCUGGUCCCCACCUGCGUGUACACCGCCGGGACACUGGUCCAGUCGUAGCCACACAGCUGUCCACACCGCAGAGCGCACUCCUGUGACAGCUGGAACAGCUAACUUAUACCGAGCUGUUCCACUUAGGAACCUAGAUACCCGAGACAUUUCUGACACAGCCCACAACUGCAAAGACCACAGCUGGGUACCAAAUUUCUUUAUUUGAAGCAAUUGAAGAACUUAAGUAGAUGUUCUGGUACAAUUUGUAGAAAA